AAGAGAUAGAGACAGAGACGAAAACACAGGCAGUUCGACAAAACAUUUUAGGGACGUAACACUCUUCAAAAUGCGGACAAUUUGAAUCUCCUGGGCAUUUAAAUGCACCACCUCAACAUUACAAAGCACUUAUUUUGCUUUAUUUUGGCCUUUUAAACGCUGAAAUCGCGUGGAACGGAAAACAGCUGGGCUAAAACAACACAAGGUGUGUUUUUAAAUCCAGAAAAUCCUGCUAACAGUUUUGACCCCCUCCAGAUAAACAGAACCGAUUACCUUCGGACAGCUGUGAGUUUAUAGGUUUCAGGGUCUCAGAGGUGAGAAAUGUUUUUGACGUGUUGGCAGAAAGUACCGGUGAGGCUGUACACCAACACCAGAGUGACGUCCAUCACCGGAGUGCUGACCUGCAAGGGUGUACAAACUUUUGAGAGGCAUAACAGUGAACACAGCCGUAGCAAAUGUCUCCGGAGAGUGGUCAUUACUGGAAUUGGACUUGUGUCUCCACUGGGGACAGGAACAGCUCUGCCCUGGGAACGUCUGAUUUCUGGAGAGAGCGGAAUCGUGGCCCUGGACCCGGACGAGUACAAAGCAGUGCCGUGUAAAGUAGCGGCUCGAGUUCCUCGAGGACACGCAGAGGGAGAGUUUAAAGAAGAAAAGUUUGCUUCACGUGGAGAGAUAAACAGCAUGUCUCAGGCAACAGUGAUGGCCCUCGGUGCUGCUCAGCUGGCCCUGCAGGACUGUGGAUGGUAUCCCAGUACACCUGAGGAGCAGCUGAGCACAGGGGUGGCUGUAGGCAUGGGCAUGGUGCCUUUGGAGGAGAUUGCUAACACUGCCGCGGCUUUUCAGACACGUGGCUACAGCAAAGUGAGUCCCUUCUUUGUCCCUCGCAUCCUGGUCAACAUGGCCGCCGGGCACAUCAGCAUCAAGCACAAGCUGAAGGGACCCAACCAUGCUGUGUCCACUGCCUGCACCACGGGGGCUCACGCCAUUGGAGACGCAACUCGCUUCAUCAUUCACGGAGACGCCACAGCGAUGCUUGCCGGAGGAACCGAGGCAUGUGUCAGCCCCCUGGCCUUAGCGGGCUUUGCACGAGCUCGGGCUCUGAGUACCAGCUGGAACGAACAGCCCAAGCUUGCAUCUCGACCCUUUCACCCGGACCGAGAAGGGUUUGUGAUGGGUGAAGGUGCAGCUAUGCUUGUUCUGGAGGAAUAUACGCAUGCUGUAGAGAGAGGAGCACGGGUUUACGCUGAGGUGCUGGGAUACGGACUCUCAGGAGAUGGCAUUCACAUCACGGCCCCUUCUGCAGAUGGAGAUGGAGCUUUCAGGUGCAUGUCUGCGGCUCUGCAUGACGCUGAUGUGUCUCCAUCAGAAGUGACGUAUGUGAAUGCUCAUGCCACUUCUACACCACUGGGAGAUGCUGCAGAAAACGCUGCCGUCAAAAGACUCUUCCAGCAGCACUCACAGUCUCUUGCUGUUUCCUCCACUAAAGGGGCCACAGGGCAUCUUCUGGGAGCAGCUGGUGCUCUAGAGGCAGCAUUCACAGCGCUCGCGUGUUACCAUGCAAUCCUUCCUCCAACUCUGAACCUGGACCGAACCGAGCCGGAGUUUGAUCUAAACUACGUGCCCUGUGCUGCCCAGCCCUGGAAGACAGGAGGCAGGAGAGUCGCACUCACAAACUCUUUUGGUUUUGGAGGCACAAAUGCCUCUCUGUGUCUUGCCAGUGUGUGAUUUAAUGAGUGAUUCUCUGUCAGCUGUGCUGAUUUCCAUUACAGCUCACAACCAGUCAAAGGUUUUGACACACAACUGUGGAUUGAAGAUGUCUGUUUUUUUUAUUGUCUUCUGAAUUUUAUUUCAGUGACUUUUUAAUACAGGCUUUAAUAUGGUUGAGGAGAAGCAGUGAAGGCCUGAGUAAGCUAAAACUCCUGAAUGAAGUGCCACCAUGAGAAAAGUGUGUGAGGCUUUAUCAAGACUACAGUUAAAAUGUCAAAUAUAAAAUUAUUUUCUUUCUUGAACACUGUUCUUGUGCUGUAAUAUUUGAUGCCCUGGAUGUCACAUGGAAUAAAACAUAUGGAAUAAAAUGCAAGGAAGAUAACUACAAUAA